UCUCUCAGAAUGAAAAAAUGACUACAGAGUCCAUCACUGAUUACACUGAUUACCCCAUGGACAAGACUGACUUGGAUUAUGACUAUUGGACCCAGCAAUGCCAGAAGGAAUCCAACCGCCACUUCCGCUCCUGGUUCAUGCCCACCUUCUACUCCCUCAUCUGCUUCCUCGGUCUGGUCGGUAACAUCCUGGUGAUCGGUACCUACGUCUACUUCAACCGGCUGAAGACCGGGACCGAUGUGUUCCUGCUCAGCCUGUCCAUCGCUGACCUGCUGUUCGCCGUGUCGCUGCCCCUCUGGGCGACCAACUCCAUGACAGAAUGGGUGCUGGGCCUGUUCAUCUGCAAGGCCAUGCACACCAUCUAUAAGGUCAGCUUCUACAGCGGCAUGUUCCUCCUCACCUCAAUCAGCGUGGACAGGUACUUCGCCAUCUCCAAGGCCGUCUCUGCCCACCGCCACCGCUCCAUGGCAGUGUUCAUUAGCAAGGUGACCUCUGUGGUCAUCUGGGUGAUGGCGCUGGUCUUCUCUGUGCCCGAGAUGUCCUACACAAACAUCAGCAACAAUACCUGCACCCCCUACACCGCCGGCUCAGACCAGGUGCGCGUGGCCAUCCAGGUGAGCCAGAUGGUCCUGGGGUUUGUUCUGCCGCUCCUAAUCAUGGCCUUCUGUUACGGCGCCAUUGUGAAGACCCUGUGCCAGGCCCGGAGCUUUGAGAAGAACAAGGCCAUCAAGGUGAUCUUCACUUUGGUGGCGGUUUUCCUGCUCUGCCAGGUGCCCUAUAAUCUGGUACUGCUGCUGACCACUCUCGACGCGGCUAAGGGUGGCAGCAAGGAGUGCAUCUACGACAACAGCCUCCUCUACGCCUCUGACAUCACCCAGUGCCUGGCUUUCCUGAGGUGCUGCCUCAACCCCUUUGUGUAUGCGUUCAUCGGAGUGAAGUUCCGCCGCGACCUCCUGAAGCUGCUGAAGGAUCUGGGCUGUAUGAGGCAGGAGAAAUUUUUCCAGUACACCUGCGGAAAGAGGAGGAGCUCAGCGGCCGCCAUGGAAACCGAGACCACAACCACUUUCUCCCCCUAAA